AUGAAUUCUUUAAUUCCUUAAGUAGAAUUUUAAGAAGGAGAAGAGGUUAAAUAUAAAGCUGAUUAAAUUCCUUUAAAAAUUACUAGCAAUGUAACAGAAAAUUUUGUCAUAUUUAAUGAUGGAGUGCUUUGCAUUACUAAUUAAAGAGUUGUUUUUGCAAACAUCGAUCAAAAAAUUUUCUAACUUGAAUAUAAAAAUGUAGUCUCUCACGGAAUCUAAGAUAAAAAUCUAGUUUGUUACUUAAAUGGAGGCGAAUCUCAAGAAAAUAAUGACGAAGAAGAAGAUGGAGAUUAAUAAGAUGAAGAAGAAAAAUAAUAUUUUGCAUUUUUAGCUAAUUCUAAAAAUGAAUUAAUUAAUUUAUAAGGAGAUUAUGAAGUAAGAUUUUCCUUUGAAAAGAAUUUGAAUGCUGAUAUAAAUAGUGCAUUUAGUAUUUUUUCAGAAUGUUCUGCUUUGAAUCCUGAUGCAGACGAAGACGAAUCUCAUGUAGCAAAUUUAAUGGGAGGAAUGAUGGGUUUUGAUUUUGAUUCUAUGGUUACAGCAAAAGAUAUAGAUGAAAAUGGAAAUCUUAUUUCUAAUAAAUAAGGUUUUGGAGAAAACGAUGGAGAAGAUGAUGAAGAAGAAGAAUAUACUGAUGAUGAAGAUGAAGAAAAUUAAUAGGAAAUUUAAGAAUAGGAUUAAAAUUAAUAAAAUAAAAAUAGUGAAAAACAAAAUAAUCAAGAAAAUAUGGAUAUAGAGUGA